AUUUUUGAUGAGUCUGUCAGUCUGUCAUGCAAAAUUAACGAUCCACAUUAAUUGCUGUUGUUAUUUGUAUUUGUUUUCUUGAUAUAGCUAUAAUUUAGUGCAUGUUAUUAAAUAAUUACGAAGUUGCAGUAAAAAAAAAUAUACCAUUGACAAAAAAUCGCUAUGAGUUCUCCAGCUCCUGACACCCCAUCAGAGCGAGAUGGAGCCAGAUCGCGUAUGACCUCACCAGCGCGGGAUUAUGAGAUGUUUGAAGAUGAAAGUGCAAUCCUGGGAGAUAAUCCUCAGGAUGAAGAAGAAGAUGAUGGAGAGGAACUCUUCAAUGAUAAUAUGGAGGCCGAUUACCGGCCCAUGCCAGCGCUAGACAGGUAUGACAAUGAAGACCUGGAUGAUGAGGACUACGACAACAUUGCCAUUGAAGACCGAGUGGCUGCAGAACAAGAGCUGCGGAGACGUGACAGGGAUGAAGGCCGGCUGAGGAGGGAUGAUCGUGGACUGCUUUAUGAUGAUUCAGACGAGGAAAGUGCGGAUGCUCCACGUGCUAAGCGUCGUCGUGCAGCAGAGAAGGCGGCCAUGGGUACUGAUGAGCAGGUGGAAGAAGGGAUUGAGAGUAUCGAGAACCUAGAGGAUACCAAGGGAUACACUACCAAGGAGUGGGUGUCUAUGUUGGGACCACGGACUGAGAUUGCUAAUAGGUUCAAAAACUUCCUCCGCACAUACACAAACAGCAAAGGUCAGUACGUGUACAAGGACCGCAUUCGGCGCAUGUGCGAACACAACCAAGCGUCAUUCCACGUCGAAUUCGACGUUCUAGCUCGUCGCGAACAAGUGCUCGCUUACUUCCUCCCUGAAGCUCCAUUCCAAAUGUUGCAAAUCUUCGACGAAGUCGCCAAAGACAUUGUAUUGCAAAUCUUCCCGAGUUACGAGAGAGUCACAUCGGAAAUCCACGUCAGAAUAUCAGACUUGCCUCUGAUAGAGGAAUUGAGAACAUUCCGGAAGCUACAUCUGAAUCAGUUAGUGAGGACCGUUGGUGUAAUAACGUCUACUACGGGAGUGUUGCCCCAAUUGUCAGUUGUAAAGUAUGAUUGUAAUCGAUGUGGUUACAUUUUGGGACCGUUCGUACAGUCGCAAAAUGCUGAAGUCAAGCCUGGUUCGUGCCCGGAGUGUCAAAGUGCUGGACCGUUCAUGGUGAACAUGGAACAAACGGUAUACCGGAACUACCAGAAGGUGACCAUACAGGAAUCCCCCGGUAGAAUUCCAGCCGGACGAAUCCCGCGCAGCAAGGACUGCAUACUGCUGGCCGACCUCUGUGACCGCUGCAAGCCCGGAGACGAGGUGGACUUGACUGGGAUUUAUACUAACAACUAUGAUGGCUCGCUCAAUACUGAACAGGGUUUCCCAGUUUUCGCAACAGUGAUCAUAGCGAAUUACAUAGUCGUAAAAGACUGUAAGCAUAUUGUCGAGUCAUUGACAGAUGAAGACGUCGCAAAUAUCGUGAAGUUAUCCAAGGACCCCCAAAUAGCAGAGCGGAUAGUGCAGAGCAUCGCUCCGUCUAUCUUUGGACACGAUUACAUCAAAAGGGGCUUAGCGCUCGCGCUGUUUGGAGGAGAGGCUAAAAAUCCAGGUGAAAAGCACAAAGUAAGAGGCGACAUCAAUGUUUUAAUUUGCGGAGAUCCCGGUACAGCCAAAUCUCAAUUUUUGAAGUAUACGGAAAAGAUUGCGCCCAGGGCUGUGUUUACAACAGGUCAGGGAGCUAGUGCUGUGGGUUUAACCGCUUAUGUCAGGAAGAACCCUACUACCAGGGAUUGGACCCUGGAAGCGGGCGCGCUGGUUCUGGCAGAUCGCGGAGUGUGUCUCAUAGACGAGUUUGACAAAAUGAACGACCAGGACAGAACCUCCAUCCACGAGGCUAUGGAGCAGCAAUCUAUAUCUAUCUCCAAAGCUGGCAUCGUCACGUCUUUGCAUGCUAGAUGCUCUGUGAUAGCGGCGGCCAAUCCAAUAGGCGGUAGAUACGACGCGUCGCUCACGUUUUCCGAGAAUGUGAACCUGUCAGAGCCUAUCUUAUCGAGAUUUGAUGUGUUGUGUGUGGUCAGGGACGAAGCAGACCCAAUGAUGGACCAGCAUUUGGCUAAGUUCGUGGUGAGGUCGCACAUGCGCCACCACCCCGGCGCUGGGCCCGCGCCGGCGCCCGCUGAGGCUGAGGCUGAAGCCGCCGCCGCCGCGCUGCCGCAGGACCUGCUCAAGAAGUACAUCGUGUACGCCCGGGAGAACGUGCAUCCUAAGCUACAGAAUAUGGACCAAGACAAAGUGGCGAAAAUGUACAGUCAACUGCGUCAGGAGUCGCUCGCUACAGGCAGCUUACCGAUCACCGUCAGACAUAUCGAGUCAGUGAUUCGUAUGAGCGAGGCGCACGCGCGCAUGCACCUGCGUCAGCUCGUGAACGAACAAGACGUCAACCUCGCCAUCCGCACCAUGCUGGAGAGCUUCGUCGACACGCAGAAGUAUAGCGUCAUGCGGGCCAUGAGACAGACAUUCCAAAAAUACCUGUCAUACAAGAAAGAUCACAGCGAGCUCCUAUACUACAUCCUGCGUCAACUGACCAUGGACCAGCUCGCCUACAUGCGAGGACUCCACAACCACUCGCAGUCAACCAUUGAGAUCUCCGAGAGAGACCUGUUGGAACGAGCGAGACAGAUAAACAUCACAGACUUGAAGCCGUUCUACGAUAGCCAGAUAUUUAAAAUUAACAGCUUCAACUAUGAUCAGAAGAGAAAAGUGAUUAUACAUACCUUGCCUGAAGCGCCAGCGGCCUCCAGUUCGUAAUAUUAAGAAAAAUAAUUUCGUACAAUGUUCAGAAACAUUUUAAAAACAACUUUACAAAUUGGAAAAUCAAGUAGAUUUGGUAGUAGAUAAGUGACUUGUUUGUUUAACUUAACAUUUGUGCAAGUUAAUAGAUUUUUAUGAGGAGCAUACAUGUGUGUAAACUUCGCAUAUGGCCAGUAACUAGGGAUUCGAGAUUUAAAUGUGUAAUCCAAUGAAAAUGACUUAUUCAUAUAAAAAGUAAAGCAUAAAGGUUUCGCUGCGCCAUGUUUUGAACAGAACAUUGUUCAAAAACAUAAUUUUAUCGUUGUAAUUUAUGUUUUUGAACAAAUGUUCUUGGCGCAACUCCGGCUUAAUGCUAAAAUGUUUUGUCACUAUAGCACCUUACAAUAUUUGAUAUUGACAGAAUAAGACAAGACAAACCACACUUAACUAGCUUAAAGUAUACUUUAUCUUUACUUAUUUAAAUCUAUAUAUCACAAAUAUCCGAAUUCAGACAAUAGUACAAUCUAAUAUGCAGGCAUUUUAGAAAUAUUAUUAAUUAGGUACCCCACCUUAAUUUGUUAUUUAAGUUUGUGUUUAGGUUAAUUGUCCUUUUUGUUACAUUUGAUCAAUGUUUUUUAAAAAUCAUUUAAUUUUUACGACAAUCUAGCGACCAUUCAUUCUAGCUGGAUAAUUAAAAUAAAACCAUCCUUUGUAGUAUAUCUCCUUAUUUUAUACCAUCUGCAGAUUUGUUUAAAUAGAAUGGUAUAAAACAUUGUUAAAAUUUACUUAAGUAUUUAAUUAAUAGUACCUGAAUUUUCACUCACCAUUACUCCCCAUUUAUAGUAUUUUUAUAAAUUUCAUUAUAAAUCUCCAAUCAUGUAAAUCUCAAUAACUAUUUUUAUACGAUUUUCAUUUUAUAUAUAGGAAAGUAAAUAAAUAUGCUUGCAUCAAAAA